UCUCCUCCUAUUACUCCGGUGAAGCUAUUUGUAUAAGAAAUCUUCAUUUCAGAAACUUUCUUGACAGGGCUUUCCAGUGUGAUCAUCCAAUACUUACUUUUCCAUUCUAACUCUAAUUACUGUGCUCUCUCUGUUUUUCUGCAAGUUCCAGUGAAUUAUUAUCAGAUAUCAAAUAGCUUGAGUUGCUUAGAAAGGCCAAAAAUGAAGUUUGGGAAAGAAUUUGAAGCACAAAUGGUGCCAGAAUGGAAGGAAGCAUACAUGGAUUACACUUACCUGAAGACCCUUUUGAAAGAUGUCCAGCUCUACAAGCAGAGAAGCCAGCCACCUGCAACUCCAGGAGGCCUAAAGAGAAAUCUUACACUCUACAGGGCUUUCAGUGGUCUCAUUCAGAGACAAACCCACCAUUCCAUUGAUCCCCAUGUACAAGAUAUUGAGAGCCAACCCAUAAUGGUGAGCUCCGUGCAACAAGAUGGAUCGGUGAGCUAUCAAACUACUUUUUUGCUGUCUGCGGAAGAAGGUGGAGAAUUUGAGAUGAUAUACUUUAAGAGGCUGGAUGAUGAGUUUAACAAAGUGGACAAGUUUUAUAGGUCUAAAGUGGAGGAAGUGAUGAAGGAAGCUGCUAUGCUGAAUAAGCAAAUGGAAGCUUUGAUUGCUUUCCGGAUAAAGGUUGAGAAACCCUCUCCAUGGUUCAAUAGCUCUGUGGAGAUGACACGUCUUGCUUCAGAUGUUGCAACUUCAGCAGCUACAUUAUCACCUUCUACACCCAGAGGGGCCAAAUUGCACGGAAGAGUUUCCAUGGCCAUGGAGACGAUCAGUGAGGACAGCAUCCGUAAUGGUCAAUCAGAUGGCUCCAGUGAGAACAAAGAGAAUGAAAUUCAAUUUAAUGGCCAAAAGUCUCAAACGGAUAAGGAAAAAGAUAACAGUAAUACCAAACCAGCUUCUUUGGAAGUCCUCGAUCGUGUACGACUGAACAACACCCCUGAGACUCCUUGCUCAACCAUAAAAAGCUUCCUCAAUUACUCUACACAAACAGAACUACAAUUUAACAGAAAGAAUUUGAAGAAAGUUGAGGAACAACUCAAACAAGCUUUCAUUGAAUUCUACCAAAAGCUUCGACUUCUAAAGAACUACAGCUUUCUAAACGCGUUGGCAUUUUCAAAGAUAAUGAAGAAAUACGAUAGGAUUACAUCAAGAAGCGCAGCAAAAACAUACCUGAAAAUGGUUGACAAUUCCUACCUUGGCAGCUCUGACGAGGUCACAAGGCUUAUAGAGAGGGUGGAAAACACAUUCACUAAGCACUUCUCUAACUCCAAUCGUAAUAAUGGAUUGAAUCUCCUUAGACCAAAACCAACUAGAGCAAGACACAGAAUAACAUUUUCCACAGGUUUUUUGGCUGGCUGCACAGCAGCACUAGUUUUAGCACUUACUCUGAUCAUCCGUGCCCGCAAGAUUAUGAAUCACCCAGGGAGUACUCAGUACAUGCAAACCAUGUUUCCUCUUUAUAGUUUGUUUGGGUUCAUAGUUCUACACAUGUUUAUGUAUGCUGCCAAUGUAUACUUCUGGAGGCGAUAUAGAGUGAAUCAGUCCUUUAUUUUUGGUUUCAAGCAAGGAUCUGAGUUAAGCUACCUUGAUGUUCUCCUCCUAGCUUUUGUCCUUGCAGCAUUGACACUAGCCAGUGUGCUUGCGAACCUCGACAUGGAGAUGGAUCCAAGCACAAAAGAUUACGAAGUCUUCACUGAACUUAUUCCUCUGAUCUUGGUUCUUUUUGUGAUUGUCAUUUUAUCAUGCCCAUUCAACAUCAUGUAUCGUUCAAGCCGGCUUUUCUUUCUCACAUGCCUGUUCCACUGCAUCUGUGCUCCUCUCUACAAGGUCACGCUUCCAGAUUUCUUUUUGGCGGAUCAAUUUACAAGCCAGGUUCAAGCACUAAGAAGUUUAGAGUUCUACAUUUGCUACUACGGUUGGGGAGAUUUCAAGCACAGACAAAACACUUGCAACUCAAGUAGCAUAUUCAAAGCAUUUUCCUUCAUUGUUGCUGUGAUUCCAUACUGGUGUCGUUGUAUUCAGUGCCUGAGGCGAUUGUUUGAAGAGAAAGACGCCAUGCAAGGAUAUAAUGCUGGGAAAUACUUCCUCACAAUAGCAGCUGUUUGCCUCAGAACAGCAUACAGCCUUGAUAAUGGGAUGACUUGGAACGUGCUUGCUUGGGUGUUCUCAAUAUGUGCAGCAAUCGUUUCUACAUAUUGGGACCUUGUCAUAGAUUGGGGCCUCCUUCAAAAGAAUUCCAAGAAUCGCUGGUUAAGAGACAAACUCAUAAUACCUCAUAAAAGCAUAUAUUUCACAGCCAUGGUGCUGAAUAUCUUGCUGAGAUUUGCGUGGUUGCAGACAGUAUUGGAUUUCGAGGUUGACUUCCUGCAUAAACAAGCAAUGAUUAGCAUUAUAGCGAGUCUAGAGAUCAUACGUCGGGGCGUAUGGAACUUCUUCAGGGUGGAGAAUGAGCAUUUGAACAAUGUGGGCAAGUUCAGAGCAUUCAAGUCGGUGCCCCUACCUUUCAACUACGACGAAGCUGAAGACAAGGAUGACUGAUUAUCAAACGCAGAAAUCUAUAGAAAAUGAUUAAAAUGAAUAAAACAAAUUUGUACCGAAAGAAAUGGCUAUAAAUACUGAGCAGGUUGAGCUCUUGCAAAUUUCAUAUGAAAUAUUUUAAGAUUUUCAUUUGAAAUAAUUGCUUU